AUGGCAAUUGAUAAAACAGAAACCACAACAGCAACAACGACAACAACAACAACAACAACAACAACAACAACCAAUGAUUCAUCAUUUGGUAUUGUAUUUGAUAUUGAUGGUGUAUUAAUGAGAGAUGGAGUGAUAAUACCAAAUGCAACACAAGCUUUAAAACUUUUAGAAGAUAAAGAAACAAGUGAACCAAAGAUACCGUAUAUAUUUAUGACAAAUAAUGGUGGAUUCACAGAAGAAGAGAAAGCAAAUAAAAUCUCUAAAGUAUUACAAUACAAUAUUCCAAGUGAUAAAGUUAUGGUAGCACAUACACCAGUGAGACCGUUAGCAGAGAAAUAUAAAGAUUACGAUGUUUUAUUAAUUAGUAAAACACAUGAAACCUCAAAGAAAUUAGCAGACUGGUAUGGUUUUAAAAAUUAUAAAUCACUUCAACAAUAUAUUGAAGAACGUCCAUUCCUUUGUCCAUCUAAAUAUUCAACAUUUUGGACUCAAGGUGUGUCAAGUGAAUAUGUUAUCAAAGAAGCAAAGAAACAAUUACCAAUUAAAGCAAUCAUUUUAUUAGAGGAUCCAAUCGAUUGGGGUGAAUGUAUCCAAAUUGUAUCGGAUAUACUACAAAGUAAAGAUGGUUUAUUAAGAAAAGAUUAUAUCAAUCGAGCAGAUGUUCAAUCGAUUGAUUUUCACAUUUGUAAUCCAGAUUUCUCCUAUGCUGGUGAAUUUGUAAUACCACGUUAUACAAUGGGUGCAAUAUUGGAAUGUAUUAAACUUUUAUUUAAAACUCAAACUGGUAGAGAUUUAAUUUAUACACUCUAUGGUAAACCUUAUCCAUUAACCUAUCAAUAUGGUAAACAAAUAAUUUCAAAUCAAAUUUCAAAACUUGGUUUCAAUGAUGGUUGUAUUUUAAAACAUAUCUAUGCAAUUGGUGAUAAUCCAUACUCUGAUAUCAAAGGUGCAAACAAUUUAGAACAUGAAGGUUGGAUAAGUAUUUUAGUUAAAACUGGCUGUUUCAAAGGUGAUACUAACCAUCCUGAAAUUCCUGCAAAAUAUGUAGUUGAUAAUGUUUAUGAUGCUGUUAAAUUAAUUUUAAAAUUAGAAGGUCAAUAA